AUGGCCCCAGCAAUAUUUUCCAAUGGCGAUUCUCCCGAGAUAUCAGCUGCAGCAGGGUUGAAAGAUGUAGCAGCUACGGCUCUAAAUGGCGGGAGCAUUAUCCAUACCCCGCAGCCUAACCCAUCAUUACAAGCAACAGCCGACCACAAUUUGAAGCUGGUUGAAGCUCCGGUUCUAGAGCCAAAACGUGGGGAAGUACUAUUACAUGUCAAGGCAACCGGCAUCUGUGGAUCGGAUGUCCAUUUCUGGAAAUCCGGACGGAUAGGCUCAUUGGUCUUUGAAGGCGACUGCAUUUUGGGGCACGAAGCUGCCGGAGUUGUUCUCAAGUGCGGAGAGGGUGUAACAAACCUCGUACCUGGUGAUAGGGUGGCCAUAGAGCCAGGUGUUCCAUGUGGAGAAUGUUUCCUCUGUGUGGAUGGCAAGUAUAAUCUCUGCGAGGACGUCAAGUUCGCCGGUGUCUAUCCCUACGCGGGAACAAUUCAGCGUUAUAAAAUCCACCCCGCCAAAUGGCUUCAUAAGCUUCCGUCCAACAUAUCGUUUGCUGAAGGCGCUCUGCUCGAACCUCUGAGCGUUGUCAUUCACGGCAUCCGCACUGCUGGUCUAAACCUUGGCUGUGGCACCGUUAUUUGUGGUGCCGGUCCCAUCGGCCUGAUUGCCUUGGCUGCCGCAAGAGCAUCUGGCGCACAUCCUAUUGUGAUAACGGACAUCGAACCAAAGAGACUUCAAUUUGCCCGAGAGUUUGUUCCAUCAUGUCAAACUUACCAGGUGGACCCUUCUCUAAGCGCAGAAGAUAAUGGACGCCGAAUCCGACAGCUGUUUCGACAUGCUGAUGAUGAUGGAUUGCAAGAAAAUACAGGGGAUCUUCAACAGGAGUAUUACGCGCCGCGAACCGUUCUUGAGUGCACCGGUGUUGAGAGUAGCGUGUGUACCGCAGCAUUUACUGUCCGACGAGGCGGUACCAUCUGUGUUAUUGGGGUUGGCAAAUCAAUCAUGAAUAACUUGCCAUUCAUGCACAUUUCGCUAGCUGAGAUUGAGCUCAAGUUUAUUAACCGGUAUAGAGAUACGUGGCCGGCGGGUAUUGCGUGCCUCAGUGGAGGAAUCCUCGACUUGAAGCCCCUGGUCACUCACGUUUAUCCCCUCGAGGAUGCGAUUGAUGCCCUGCAUCUAGCAGCUGACCCCAGAAAUGGGAGCAUCAAGAUUCAGAUUGUAGACGAAGCCGAUGAGAAUGCGAUGCCUUAG